AUGUCAGCUACGCCCAAUAUGCUCUCCGGCGACUCGAACCUUGCGCACCAAACAGCCGGAACCCCGCAAUUAAACCGCUCCUGUGAAUCAUGUCGCGCCUUGAAAGUGCGCUGCUUACCCGACGCCUCAACUCCCAAUCAGUGUCAACGAUGCUCAAAAGCGAACAGACCCUGCGUCUUCGUGGCCCCUCAAAGACGGCGGCCGCGCAAGCGAACCGACUCAAGGGUGGCCCAGCUGGAGAAAGAGAUGCGACAGAUGCGAUCACUCUUGAAAGAUAGGUUGCGGGUCGAUGAAAGCAGUGCAGAAAGUGCGGGCAGUGAGAGGGAGGACUCCCGGGAGCCUGAAUUGGCCGUUGAACCACAUGAGGUCAUCUCCACAAUCCCCGAAGAUCCGAGCAGCAGUGCGGAUUCAGUUCGAAAGAUGGAUUUCUCUCCCAGCUUCCCCUCAACCUCACCAUAUCCGAAUACCUAUGACAGCGGGCCUGCGAAUGCCCCCAUUGCCAAUGCAACGCCGGCUCCAUACUCGUUUGAUGCAUUUCCAAGAGAGGAUGUCAUUGAUCGAGGCGUGCUGUCUCUCGAGUAUGCGAAUGAGUUGGUUGCUUUCUAUGUGACCGAGCUCACGGCUUUUGCGCCGAUAGUCGUACUGCCCCCACAUACGACUGCCACCCAGUUGCGACAGUCAGCGCCGGUGCUGUUUCUGUCCGUCAUUGCCGCAGCUAGUGUUUCUCUGGAUGCUCAACUGGCAGCCGUCCUAAACCAGGAAAUCAUCCGAGUAUAUGCGGAGCGAUUCUUUAUCAAUGGAGAUAAAUCAUUGGAGUUGGUUCAAGCAUUACUUAUCAUGAUCGUCUUCUAUCACCCGCCUGAUUCGCCUUUGAAGCUGCAAUUUUAUCAGUAUACCCAUAUUGCUGCUACAAUGGCACUGGAGAUUGGUUUAGCCUCAAAACGCCGCGUGAACAAGACUAAUGAUCGUGGAGUGAGCAAAAGAACCACUUAUGAUGAACAAAUGGCGGAGCAGGCGAGGACGAUCUUGUACUGUUACCAUCUCACAUCUGUUGUCGCAAUGAAAACGCGCCGACCGAAUCUGCUCUUAUUCAAUGAGUGGAUGGCUGAGUGCAUCAAGCACCUGGAGCAAUCACCAAACGUGAUAGAUAGGCACAUGGCUACCUGGUUUGACCUGCAGCGAAUAGUCGAUGAAACGAUGGCUUCCUUUGGCCUCGACGACACCAGCUCAACCGCACCAGUGACAGAGUCGCGCCUCCAAGCCAUUCUGCGGUGGUUUGACAAUCGUAUGCUAGCGUGGCGAAAAGAACUGCCGAUUGACAUGCUCACAGUCCCCAUGACUUUUGAAUACCAUUACGCCAAUCUCGCCGUAUAUGAAAUGGCUGUUGGUGAAGGGUAUCGUGAUCCAGAUGCAAUCAAACAACAAUACUACACUCUUCCCUCUCCCGAGGGCAAGGCAAAAUCGGCUAGCACACAGCUCAGCGCUGUCCGCGUAGACAUCACGAUAAAAUGGAUGAACGCCGCGCACGAGAUGCUGGACUUCUUUCUCAGCUGUGACACUGACAUGUUGCGCAAGGUCCCGAAUUUGGUUUAUACCCGGGUUGGGACAGCGAUGAUGUCUCUUCUGAAGAUAUACUUCUCAGUCAGCGCAGGUGCCCUUGGAGAAUUUAUCACGUCGGAAACGGUCAAUGUCGACAAAUAUCUUGUUGCAAUGACUCAGAGACUAGCGGAGGCUAGUGGUGGCCAGAAGUACAAAAUUCCAAGUCGAUGGUAUUACGUCGUUGCUGUCAAGGCUCGGAAUUGGUAUGACCGCUUGCAGCAUCAACAGUUGCAGACAGCUGUUGGACUCGGCACAGCAGUCACCGCGGGAGCAUCGAUGUCUCAUCCAAGUGUUGCGAGCCAGAAGCAACCGUCAUUUGAUCCGACUCACCAGCCGGUGCCAUUCGGAAAUUAUGUGCCGAUAGCGCCUUUCCACCCGAUCGCUGGAGGUUAUGGAGUACCGACACCGGUUAGCGAUCCGAUGUGGUCGCCAGAUCAAGGUGGUUUCCGGAAUGCGGCCAAUGCUAGCCAAUUCGCAAGUUACCAGGCGCCAAACCCUAUGAUGUCCCCUCAUUAUGUGUAUGAUAUGCAGCACCAGCAGCGGACUCCGUCAAACAGUAGUCUGCAGGGAAACCCGUCUCCUCCUAAGACAGGCAUGGAGCUUGACGACUGGCUUCCAGAUGGGAGUGUAUUUGCUUUACCAACUCUGCCUGGCUUCUAG